CCGCAGCAGCAGCAACAGUGUGGUGCUCUGGGUCUCCAGCUCUGCCUGGCAGACAAAUCUCAAGCUCAGCGAACAGCUGCAAGACAGCUUUUCCAUCUUCUGCAUAUGAACACUGCCUAACUGCAGCACGAAAAUGGGCACAGGGGAUUAUAUCUGCAUUGCUAUGAGUGGAGGGGCGCCUUGGGGCUUUAGAUUGCAAGGUGGCAAGGAGCAAAAGCAGCCUUUGCAAAUCGCCAAGGUUCGCAGCAAGAGCAAAGCAGCUAAGGCUGGACUCUGUGAGGGGGAUGAGGUGGUGUCUAUCAAUGGUAAACCCUGUGGAGACUUAACCUAUGCCGAAGUUAUCGUUCUGAUGGAAAGCUUGACUGACGUCCUGCAGAUGCUUAUCAAGAGAUCCUCCAGUGGAACAAGUGAAACCUUGAGCGCUGAAAGAGAAAACGGAAAGCACGAUAACAUAAAAAAUGAGAACUAUAGGGAGAGCACUACACUGCAGAUUAACAGAGCCAAAGAGACACCCCACACAGAAUUCUGCAUCACAGAGAUAUACAGUGAGACUCACCAGGGAGCAGAGGAAAGCAACAUAAACUUUUCUGAAAUGAAACAAGAGACCACACAGAGCCACAGAAUUACUCCUAAAGUGAUAGGAACCUCCAAAGUGCUCGUGACAGAUGAGGCUGCUUUCAGAGGGAAGAUAGAAGAAAGAAGGCCAGGCACUAUGGUUGAGCUGCAGUUGUCCCUCUCACAUGAGGGGCACAAGGGCACCAAUGCUCCUGCUAUGACUCUCUUAGGGGCAGAAAAAUGCAUCCCUUCAGAAACAGGACCCAGUGUACAACAGGAUGGGACUAGCCCUGUAAUUGCAAUUCCCCUGGGUGUGAAAGAGGGUAACAUCCAGUGGUCAAGUAAAGUAGUCCAGAUUUCUAGUGGCAAAGAGGUCAAGACGAUCCAAGGUGCAGCUCCAUCUCUCCCCAGGGUGGAGGUGAUCCUAGACUGUUCGGACAGGCAGAAGGAAGCACCCAGGUCUCUAGCCGAAAAGGGGUGUGUUGAUUCUCAAGUGGAAGGAGGGCAGUCAGAAGCACCUCCUUCCCUCCUCUCCUUUGCAAUCUCAUCAGAAGGCACAGAGCAGGGAGAAGACGACCAGCACUCGGAAAGGGAUCACAGCAGACCUCUCAAGCACAGGGCGAGGCACGCAAGACUCCGGCGAAGUGAGAGCCUAUCAGAAAAGCAAGUCAAAGAAGCCAAAUCCAAAUGUAAAAGUAUUGCAUUGCUGCUGACAGCAGCUCCCAAUCCCAAUUCCAAGGGGGUGUUGAUGUUCAAGAAGCGUCGCCAAAGAGCGAGGAAAUAUACUUUAGUCAGCUACGGUACUGGGGAGCUAGAACGUUACGAAGACGAGGGUGAAGAAGGGGAAGGUGAAGAAGGGGACAAAGAAAACGCUUUUGAAGUGAGUUUGCUUGCAACAAGUGAGUCAGAAAUAGAUGAAGAUUUCUUCUCUGACAUUGACAAAGACGGCAAGAUUGUGACAUUUGACUGGGACAGUGGUCUACUUGAAGUUGAAAAGAAGACAAAAAGUGGAGACGAGAUGCAGACCCUUCCAGAGACCACGGGUAAAGGGGCCCUCAUGUUUGCCAAGAGACGGCAGAGGAUGGAUCAGAUUACCGCUGAGCAAGAGGAGAUGAAGGCACGCACAGUGCAUGCAGAGGAACGUAGGGAAGCCACUAUGUCAGAGAGCUUCCAGAGAGUGAGCUGCUCAGCCUAUCAGACAAAAGAGGAAGAAAUGUCAAGCAGGCAGGCCUGUGUGAGCAAAAGCUACCUAGAUGCGAGCCAGAAUCAUGACAAAAUGGUACAACAGAACGGCUUUGCGUUAGCACCAGCUUCAGCUUUCUCUUUUCAGACCUCUGAAGCUCAAAAAGCAGCCUCUUUGAAUAAAACAGCUAAGCCCUUCCCUUCUGGGGUUCAGAACCGAGCAGCUGCGCCAUUUUCCCCCACAAGAAAUAUGACUAGUCCUCUUUCAGAUAUACCAGCACCACCUCCCUAUGCUUCCAUUAGCCCGCCACCUGAGGUUUUAUACAGACCAGUAUCAGCUCCCGUAGCCAACAGAGCUGCACCAAUCACGUGGUCAUCCACAGAGCCAACCGAACACAUAGCGACUAGAGAUGAAAGGAUUGCAGUGCCAGCCAAAAGAACUGGGAUACUGCAGGAGGCAAAGAGAAGAAGCACGGCAAAACCAAUGUUCACUUUCAAAGAAUCACCCAAAGUAAGCCCUAAUCCUGCCCUAUUAUCCCUUGUACACAACGCAGAAGGCAAACGAGGUACUGGAGCUGGUUUUGAGUCAGGACCCGAAGAAGACUACCUCAGUUUGGGAGCAGAAGCUUGCAAUUUCAUGCAGACUCAAGCAUCUAAACAAAAGACCCCUCCUCCUGUUGCUCCAAAGCCCUCAGUCAAGGUCUCUCCUACUGCUGGUACCCCAAUUUCACCAGUUUGGUCACCUCCAGCUGUAGCUUCUAUCAAGGCUCCUUCCUUCCCAGCUCCAAUCUCACCUCAGGCAGCAUAUCCUGCACCACUCAAAUCCCCACAGCAUCCCCAUUCUCCUCCUGCCCACCCCCCCAGUACUCUUAAGCUAGCGGGUCCUUUUAAAGGGCCUCAGGCAACCAUAGCAAGUCCAAACAACACACCCAAGACAACACCAACCACACCAAGUGCUGGAGGAACGAAGCAAACCUUUGAGAUACCGCCAGCUAUGAGUGGAAAAGGAGCACAGUUAUUUGCCAGAAGGCAGUCUCGAAUGGAGAAAUACAUUGUAGAUUCAGAGACUGUGCAAGCAAACAUGGCACGAGCUUCAUCCCCAACUCCCUCUUUACCAGCUUCUUGGAAGUAUUCAUCUAAUGUUCGAGCACCACCACCUGUUGCUUAUAAUCCCAUCCUCAGCCCAUCUUAUCCUCCUGCUGCUACCAAGCCUUCCUCUCAGUCCACUGCUGCUACCAAAAAUACUAAAAGAAAACCUAAGAAAGUUCUCAAUGCUUUGGAUGUUAUGAAGCAUCAGCCUUAUCAACUUGAUGCAUCUUUAUUUACUUUUCAACCUCCAUCUAGCACUAAGGAAAGCCUAGGUAUUAAGCAGACAUCAAAGUUGUCCACUUCAAAACAAGGUCUACCUUUAAGACCACUCAGUGCUGGCUCUUCUACUAAUGUCCGGGCAUCUUCAGUGUACUCCGUACCAGCCUAUAGUUCACAACCUUCGUUCCAGUCAAAUGCCUCUACCCCAGUAAAUGAAUCGUAUUCACCUACAGGUUACUCUGCAUUUUCUAAGCCAGAAACCAUCACAUCCUCUUUGUUUACUGCUCCGAGGCCAAAAUUUUCAGCAAAGAAAGUUGGUGUCCCUGCACAGGAAAGAAGCAGUGGACGCUCAUUAUCACUUCCUGGGAGACCUUCUUCAGUCAUUUCUCGGGCCAUGUCCCCUACUUCUCCUCUUAUCUUUCAGCCUGCUCCUGAUUACUUUAGCAAGCCAGGCACAGCAGCUGACAGGCCUGGCAAGAGACCUACUCCCUGGGAAGCAGCAGCUAAAUCCCCUCUUGGCCUAGUGGAUGAAGCUUUUGCACCCCAGAAUAUUGAAGAAUCCAUUGUGGCUAAUGUAGUAUCAGCUGCUCGUAGGAAAACGCUUCCUGAGCCACCAGAUGAAUGGAAACAAAGAGCUUCUGAUGAGCCUCCGGUCCCAAGUGGUAGCACAACCUUAUUUGGCGGAAAGCAAUCAGGUAUUGUAUCACCCCCCAAAAGCACUUUGUCUGCCCCAAGUGCCACCACGCAGAGUGUCUCUCAGCCGCAGUAUGCUUACUUCAGUCAGCAGUCCAGAACAGAUCCUGAUAUCAUGUCCAUGGAUUCCCGGUCUGACUAUUACUUGUGAACAGCAGAUUCAAACUACAAUCCACAGCCAAGGGGAUGGAUGCGUCCAACAUGAACAACAGAAGGACCUGGCGUAUUUUCCCGUCGUCCAGCUUUACAAGCUUUAGAUCUGAGUUGAAGAAGGAAAGUUUCUUGCUGGCCUGACCAUCUCUGAACUGAAGAAAUGAGGAGGCAAUACAAAACGGAGCACAGUUUUCACAGGACUGCAGGCUAGUACACUAGAAUGGACUUGGCUUUACUCGUAACCUAAGAUUGUUCUGUUUCUAAAGGGUAAAACUGUAAGUUUUUGUUUGGGGGGAGAGGUGGGAAACAUGGGACAACCAAUGUGGUCAACACAAACACCCUGAAUGGAUGUAGUUGCAGACAGUACAAACGCUUGCCGUGAAGUUAAUAAGAAAAGAAUGUAAAAUCUGGGCAUUGUAAAAGCAAGAAGCAUUUUACAGGGAUCUUGUAGGUUCUCUGGAUAUAUUUGACAUCUGGGUUCCAAGCAACGAGACAUAAUCAGACUUGAGAAAGUUCCAAUGACAAUGCAAUACUCGGAAGCACUGGCUUAUUAGCCAUAUGUUUUCUUUACUGCAUUUUUAAAAAAGAACGAACGAAAUAACAUUAAUUAAUAAUUUUACUAUGGAAGCAUUUAAAAUAUGUUUAUGGUCAUGGUACCUGAACUUCUCCAACAUGUACAUGUAUGCUAAUCUCAUACAGUCAUGCAUUGCAGAUGGAUUUCAGAAUAGUUUAGAUGAAGUUCUGCACAUUGCAAUUAAUCAAUUAGUCUGGACACAAUAGGAAGAAGGGUGAUACUAACAGAGAUCAGUACCAUGAUACUUGAAGUACAAAAGGGAUUAGACAAGUAUAUUGCAAGUCAAUUUUGUAAUAAACUAUCAGACAAGUCAGAGGCUGAAACAGCCUUUGUGUCUCUGUGAAAUGCACUACUUGCUGAACACUUACUGCUACAGUGUCUAGUGAACUGACUGGCUGGGCAGUCGUUCUUAGUAUCUAGGUAGCUCAAUGUUUAGAAGGCUUUUGAUUUGUAUUCUCAGUUUGGAAGACAUAAAUGAGUUGUGUUUAUCAAGUUUGUUGUUUAUAAAGAAUAAUACCUGUACUGUGUGGAAACUGAUAUGUGAAAGAGGGUUUAUGAUAUGUGUUACGUGGUAUUAGUCUAGUAUGAGUAGAAAAUAUUUGGUGAGAUGGUUACGAUCAAACUGUCUUGAGGGAUCUGAAGAGAUGGUAAAUAAUUGUGGCUGGUGAUAAUGAGCAUUUACAUCUUAUUUAAACAACAUGAAUAUGUGGCUAAAAAUACAUGUAUUCCAAGCUUAUUGGGUAGUUUAGAUGUUGUUAAGACAUUAAAGGAAUACCCCAAGUUUUAAAAAAUGCUCUGCACCUUCCUCAUUUUGUGGGGCAUUCUUCAAAGAGAUGUCAAGCACAACCAACUAAAAUUUCUGCAAAAGCACUGUUAAUUAUCCUUAUUUUCAAUAAUGUUGUCAACAGUGAGUAAAGUGGUAAGUUUAGAAAGAAAGCUAGAACAUAUAUGCAGUAAGAAAUACAUUACAAAACAUUCUCAUCUGCAAACAUUUUUCCAUUUUAACAAUUACAAAAUAUAAUUGGUAUAAAGGAAAGAAGAAGAGGAAUCUCGAGUCCAGUUGAGCUGGAGCUUCCCAGCUUCCCGUAAGAGCAUCACGAAGCUCCCCUUAUGGAACUCAGGAAUUACAUGACGGGGAAAAAUAUAAACUUAAUGAGUUUAAGGUAGCGGUAAGUCUCUAGUCAAGCAAAAGUCCCCUUGAAAUCAAAAGCAAUCCUCCUUUUGACCAAGGAGGAAAUGAACACGUGGAUGUAGUAAACCUUGAAACUAGCAUCAUAUUGCUAUUGCACCUUAUGAAUGUCUUUCACAGAUUAUGAACAUGCGAAGAACAGAUGAUUUAGAAAAACUAAAUGAACAAGGUUGUCCUGUUAUGCCUGAAAACCAGCUUUGCACCUUAGCUUCAUACACUCACAUAAACAGAGUAAAUUUUCCUGUCCCAGAGGCAAAAAAACAUUUUUCUCUGUAGAGCUGCACACUGUUCCCUUAUCAUCACUGGGAAAAUUCCCACUGAAAUCAAUGGAACAUUGAUAGUCCAUUAGCCUUAAGGGCCUGUCUCCGGAUCCAGAUCUAUUUCCAUGGAAGUACAUGUCAGGUUUUCAGCUGAUUUCAGCAUAACUGAGGUCCAGCAGUUGCGUUUUAAUUUGAAGACA